AUGGAGGAGUCACAGAAUGAUGAUAAAGACUCUAAAGACAAGCCUGCAGAGCACACACCGAAACCAGGUGAAGUCAAGAAAGGCGGAUCAGUAUCACGGAAGAACAAGGAACCUCCUGCACACAUAUGCGGUGUUCUCGAUAAAUUCAUUGACUCAGUGACGGAGCUCGGAGUCGCAGGAAUUAAAAAACUUUACAAUGGGCAGCUUGCCAACUAUCGUGCUCCUGAUAAUCUCUACAAAUUCACAGAAUUUGAAAACAAUAAGGAUAAAAAUCGCUUCUUGGACGUUGUCUGCUUGGACCAUUCUCGUGUUGUUUUACAUUUUGAAGUGCCGCCAUGUUCAAAUUAUAUUCAUGCUAGUUGGAUACGAUUUGAAAAGCAUGAUCGAGUAUUUAUCGCUACUCAGGCCCCAAUGGAGAACACAAUUGAGGACUUUUGGAGAAUGAUAUUCCAAGAAUCAUGCAAUGCAAUUAUUAACCUUACAAAUAUGGAUGAAGAAGCUCGCUUCACCGUAUACACUCUUGAAGUACUGCCAGAUGGUUGCUCAAACAGCCUACUAUUGAAACUGAUUAAAGCGAAGAGCGAUACUGGCAAAUCACCGUCUACAACUAUGAUUCUACGAAUGUUGCGAAUCGUUGGAACGUCAGAGCGUGUUGCCACCGGCCCAGUUGUCGUUCACUGUGUGUCUGGUGUUGGUCGAGCUGGUACCGUGAUACUCAUCGACGUCAUUCUUCAACGAUUAUUCACUAAUCAAUUACCAGUAGACCUCGUGGAAAUGUUUCGCCACCUUCGAAAUCAAAGGCGUCUUGUUGCAACGACUCGAUACCCUGGUCGAUACCGUGAAAAACGGGAUAAAUUCAAAGAAGAUUAUAGAAAUUCAAUAGGUUCAGCAGUUGAAAAGAAAGAGGUUGAAGAGAAAAAAGCAGCUACGGUCACUUAA